AUGCGAAGGUUGCCUGCCGCCGCGAGGCUCUCCCUGCAGGCGCUGGUGUGCCUGUGGAGCACGCGGAAGUCCUCCGCCGGCUCCGCGCCCGACGCGCUCGCGCUGCUCCAGGGCUCCCUGCGCGUGUCCCGGUCCGGCGCGGCCGCCUCGGCCGAGGCGGGCGCCGCCGGCUCCGCCGCGGCGGGCGCGGGAGCCCGGCGGGCCGCGGAGGGCACCGCGGCCGCGGGCUGGGACGACGCGGGGUCCACGAUCGGGGACAUCUCCCCCAGGAUGAUCGACGACGAGAGCUCGCUGGCCGAGAGCGCCGCCGCCGUGCUGGCACAGCGGAGGCAGGCGAGGGAGCGCCGGGCGCUCGCGGCCGCCGCGGUCACCGAGGCCCAGGCGGAGGUGCUGGCCACCACCGUCACCGGCGCCCUCAACCGCGUGGGAGCCUCGCUGGACGAGCACAUGCCCGAG